AUGUCAACAACAUUCUUGAGUCUCCUAACAUUGCUAUCUCUGGCGGUAAAAGGGGAUGGCGUGGAAACCAUUGGUGAGGCACACCAUAGGAUGCCAGGAGCAUUUAGGGAACAAACGUCAUUUGAAAAACUUAAAGGAUCCCAGAAGAUAUGUGUCAUACUGGGUAUCCUCAUAAUUACUGCCAUAGUAUGUGCGAUCAUUGUUGGAAUAGUCAAAAAAGAUAGCAAUACACUCUACUUCAUCAUCCCUGCUGGAAUCCUUUUGCUAGUGGGAAGUUUCUGCGCAUCACACUAUCUGGGACCUACAGAGGUUGGAUUCACUAAAGAGGAAAAAAUCUUAGGUGCAAUUGGAUUAUUGGUGUUAUUUAGCAUCUGCGGUCUCACCAUUUUCGGUGUGUCCAGAAAUUACAAUAAUGUGGAGACAUAUUUCCCCACCAUGGGAACUUUAGCAUCCAUUUCCCUAGUCGCGUUAGUCAUAUAUUCUGCGUACAUCGUACGAUACCAACCGUUUGAACCUCUCCUUAGAAUGAUUUUUGGUGUUAGCGGUGUUCUCUUACUUUCAGGUUGCAUAGGUCUAGCUGCCGUGCUCAUAAAUUAUCAUUACAGUCGCCAACCUUCUGGUGCCAACGCGAGUAUUAUUCUCUCCGUGUUCAACGUUGUCUUGCUGGUUGCUGUGCUCUACUUCGCCUAUCGCAUAGGCCUGCUCGACUCUACCGUCUUCAAUAAAGAUAGAAGUGUAGCAUUGGGGUAUUGUAUCGCUCUGGUGAUUUUCAUAGGCUUGGUUGUAGCAUUGGUAUAUAUGUUUACUGGUAAAAAAUGCGAGUGUAGUAAACGUCAGUGUCAAUGUCUUACCGGCGAUAGUUGUAACUGCAAUGGCAAGUGCAGCAUUAGGUGUGGCUGUACCGAUUGCAGUUGUAAUAAGCUCCCAUGGUACGUUGGCUUAGCUGUAGGCCUUGGUCUCCCUGCCUUGGUAUUUGUAUUUUACUUUUUCUAUGGCUACUUUCAAUUUGUACGCCAACACGAAAGCUUAACGUAG